AUGGCUAAUUGGAAAAUGUUAGUUGCCCGAAUUGAGCUCUGCCUGGCGUUGAUAAUGAUGUAUUAUAUCGUAGAAAGUGUAGAGAGUGAGUGGUUAAUGGAAACGGGUGAAAACAAGAGGAACAUUGAGAAUGGUGAUUUCUUGUCACUCAUUUUCAUCUGCCGAGCACGCAACGUAGAUCAAAAUCUUGUUGCUGUAUUGAAACGAGAACUUUGCGGGCUGGAGUUGAGGCGGGUCGUGGGAUGGAAAGUCAAUAGAUUUACGGAAGGAUAUUUGGAUAAGAUGUGA